AUUGCCCAUAAAAACUCUUGGAAUUGGCAGUGCCUGCCAGAUCUGAGACUUUCAGGAGCCCGCGAGAAGCUGGGUAAUAAUCACAAGCCUUUGAGUUGCAAUGACGACAUCUUUUGCUAUCCUUUGUCUAUCAAUUGCUAUAAUUGAAUGCAUGGCAGGAAUUCUAGGAAAUGGAAUUAUCUUGGCUGCCAGUUCAUUGAGCUGCAUUGGGAGCAAAACAUGGCCCCCAUAUGAUAUGAUCGUGAUCUCGCUGAGUUCAUCUAGAUUAAUUUUGCAGUCAUGGAAUACACUGAAUUUCCUAAUGACUGUAUUUUACAAACCCUUCAUUUAUACCGAAAACGUGUACAUAGCUUCCCAGACAAUUUUUACCUUUCUGAACUACUCCAGCCUCUGGUUUGGAGCCUGGCUUAGUGUCUUCUAUUGCAUCAAGGUUGCCAGUUUUACACAGUCUUUCUUCAUCUGGCUGAAGCUGAGAAUUGCCAGGCUGGUGCCCUGGAUGCUGCUCACAUCAUGGCUCUGCUCCUUCACAGCUGCAAUUCCCUUCACCUGGCAUGUCUACAGUGUGCAUGAGAACAGCACUGCUCCUUCAUCCAUGACAAACUCUUCAGCAUGGACAACCACAAAGAAUGACAGACUGACUUUAUUGAUUUAUCUCUGGAAUGCAAGUACACCUUUGCCUUUAAUACUGUCUGUUGUUUCAAGUGUACUGCUGAUUUGGUCUCUGUGGAUCCACACCAGACGCAUGCAAAAUAAUGCAAGCGGCUUCAGGGAUCCCAGCUUAGAGGCCCAUAUGAAAGCCAUCAAGUCAGUCUGCUCCUUCCUUGUCCUUUACAUUACAUAUUUUAUUUGCUUGCUUCUCCUCUACUCCAGAGUUUUUUCACUUUUAAGUGAUGAGGAAUGCAUGUGUAUAGUUAUAUUGGCUGCCUGUCCUACAGGACACACAAUGGUUUUAAUUUGGAGCAAUCCCAAAUUUCGAGAGCUGCCAGCUAGGAUUUGGGACCACAUUAACUGUCCUGUCAGGUCUAUAUCCAUAUAAAAGAUCAUGAUUUUGUCUUGACUUUCUAGUUUAGAUCCAAAUCAAUUAAAAUGAAGUUGUCAGAAAUAUAAAAUAAAAGGCACUGGAAUUAAUAGAUUAAUUAAUAGGCCCUUGAUAUGGAAUCAUGAAGAGUGCAAAUUUGCUUUAGUUGGAUGUGAGUCUUAUUUUGAAAAAUUGUACAAGUUGUCUCCUAUUUGCUACACUUUCCUUGCAAAUUGCCAUGGUUGCUAUAGAA